AUGAGUGAAUCCACAAUUUCAGAUUUAUUAUCCGAUACAACUUCAAGACCAAAUUAUUCGGGAUGCAUCAAUUUAACACCUUUUGGUGAAUUCCUGGUAUGGACCGCUGAAGCUGCCAUCUGGCUUCGUCGUACCUAUAGAAUCAUUGGUCGUGCUUCAUUUCAAAUGGACUCUUAUCGAUUACCAAUUCGAUUAAGUUUUGAAGAGGUUGCUUUAUUACUCGCCAAAGGUUUCAUCAACGGUCUUUUAUGCAGUAGACCAGUACUUUCUGUUGCUAAACCAUCACAGGAAACUAUUCAAGAAUAUAACAAUGCUCUGUUGAAGAAUGCAGAAGAAAUGAUUGGUAUAUUUCAAACUCAGAGAAGAUUAAAAUUGGUUGGUCAUUAUGGACAAUUAUUGAACGGUUUGAAUGUACGUCAACGGCGUAAACUGAAGGCUAACUUAGGUGCUUCAGAAUCAGAAGGUACAAUAAACAACUGUACAAAUACAAAAGAAGUGAAUGAAUCAAAUAUAUCUUUGAAGACAUGUGUUCGAAAAAGACGUUAUGAGCGACGUUUAUUACAAAAACGGUUAAAGAAACAAAUGCAUACAACUGAUUUUUGUUAUCGUACUGAGUACAGUGAUAAUGACGAUGAGUACAAUUCAGAUCUAAGUGAUCAAAACUCUCCUGAUAUGCCUGAUUCACCUAUGACUUUGGAUGAUUUAAUAUCUGAGCGUACUGCACAUCAAUAUGCAUCGAAGUUGUCUAUGAUAUCAAAUGAGAAAAUUGAAGAAUCCUUACCCUACAUUCCACAACAUAUGCCUCGUCCUACUCCUAUUGAAUGGCGAUGUCCUGGUGAAUAUCUGUUUUUUAGUUUACCACAUAAUACACUAACCAAAGGUCUUUAUUCAAUUGUUCUUUGGUUAACUGACCUAAUUCAGAAACAAUGUAAAUCAAUUGAUGCUUCCAAACAAAAUAGUUUUAUUGCACAAGAUCAAUUUAUGCAACGCUUACAGUGUUGCUUUGUAUAUAUGGAUUUAUGGGAGAAAGGCUAUUAUAUUAGUACUUCCACUGCUAAAAUGGGUGGAGACUUACUUGUUUAUCAAGGUGAUCCAUUUUUAUACCAUGGCAGUCAUAUUGUUACACUUUGUCAUCCAACAGACACAUUCCCCAACCCACAAUUACUGGCUAAGUUGCGCAUUGCAAAUGGUUUAAAGAAAAAACUAGUUCUAGCUACACUUCGUACUGCAGAAGAGUUUAACAAGGAUUUUAUGCAGCGAGUUAACAAAAUGAAUAACUAUGACAAAAAAAGCACCGAUGUUGUUCCUGAUACCAGUACUAUUAGAUCAUCACAUGAAACAGUCCAUGAUGAGUAUUAUGAAAAAAUAUCCGAACAGUUGAAUGAAAUUGUCCCUGAAGUCAACAUCGAUAGUAAGAAAAAUUAUAACACCAGCAACAGUUCUGAUGUAAUCUAUUUAUCUUUACAGUAUAUGUCAACUCACUCUAAUAAUCCAGUUUUUCCAAAAUUAAUAUCACACCAACCAAAACCAUAG